AUGGCUCCCGUUAUUGUUCUUUCACCUACGCCUGGCUUAUCACCAUACGGAAACGCCUUACACGAAAAGCCUUCUAAUUUAUUAUUAGUACCGCCUCAUAAAAAUUACUUUAGACGUUCCACUAACAGUCUUCCGGAUACCCUUAACUCAGAAAUGAAAUUAAGCACUGAAGAGAGUACCAUUUUGUUAAAAGAUAUCAGUAAUAAACCUUCCUCUCUAACUGAAACAAAGUGUGUAAAGUCAAAAACAAAUAUGUCACAACCUACAGCUCGACAACGUCCUUUCACGUGGUCAAGAAAAAAUGUUUCACCAACUCCUAACUCGGCUUCUUCACGACGAACUCAAAUAGACACGUUACCUAAUUCUUUUGAAGAAAUUUUAAAUACAACUCAUAGAACCGAAAGAGAAGUUAAGGCAUCUCUUUCAAAGCUCAGAAGAAUGAUCCUUUUAGAGGGUUUGCCCGAAGAGCAUUUACUUGGUGUUUAUCAUGUAUCUGCCAAUGAAUACAUUCGCCUUAUUCAAAAAGGAAAGUCUUGUGUCUAUGAUAAAGUUCGAAAUGAUACGUUCAGGACUCUGGCUACAGAUAAAAAAUUUUUAGAACGAGUCAAUGAAGAUAUGUUAAUUCGUGUAUUGAAUGCUUUUGUCUGGAAAAUGAAACCAUCCACUAUUUGUGGGAACCAAACGGUUACAUAUGUUCAAGGAAUGAAUGUUCUUGCUGCUCCAUUCUUGUUCACCAUGUCAGAAAUAGACGCAUUUUUUUCUUUUGCUACAUUUAUUCAGACAUGUUGUCCUUUAUACGUUACUCCCACGCUUCAGGGUGUUCAUUGUGGGCUAAAGCUCUUGGAUCGAUGUCUUCAAAUUAUUGAUCCCCAGUUAUUCAAUCAUCUAAAAUCAAAAAGUCUUACUGCUAAAAUCUAUGCAUUUCCCUCUGUACUUACAUUGUGUGCAUGCACGCCUCCUUUAGAACAAGUUUUGAAAUUAUGGGACUUCCUACUUGCAUACGGUGUUCAUUUAAAUAUCCUAUGCGUCAUUGCACAACUCAUAUUGAUGAGAGAUCAAUUGCUAGAAGCACCAAGUCCAAUGAAAUUAUUGAGGACAAUGCCAGAAUUAAAUGCCAAGCCUAUCAUAAAUUUAACUGUUCAACUCGCUCAACAAAUUCCCGAUGAAGUAUAUGAUCUACUUGUUAAACAUCCAUUUGAUCCGUCUGUUGCUGCCAGCUUAUCUAACGAAUUAUGA